ACCAACGAUAUUAUCAUAACAUUGGUAACCAUAUGAUCUAUUUCGCAUACACACAAUUCAUUUUUAUGCUGACAACUAUUUGAUUUAUUUAUGGUCGGCAAGAAUCUUAUUCCAUAAAAAAAGAAAAUGGUCUAUGAUGUCCUUGGCUCGAUUCGUAGCCUAAUCAAAAUUGAUGAUUAUUGUAUCGAUAAUAAUGUAUUUCGUUUACAUUAUAAAGCGACGGUCAUUUUUUUGGUCGCCUUUUCUUUACUUGUCACAUCCAAUCAAUAUUUUGGUGAUCCUAUAGAUUGUAUACAAAGGGACGAUGUACCACCUGCAUUACUUGAUACAUAUUGUUGGAUUCAUUCAACGUUUACAUUGCCCGAAGCUUUGAAUAAAAAAAUUGGUGUCGAGGUGCCACAUCCUGGUAUUGAUAAAUAUACACCAGGCGAAAAACGUGUCUACCAUAAAUAUUACCAAUGGGUGUGUUUCGUUUUGUUUCUACAGGCAGUCAUGUUCUAUAUACCACGUUAUCUUUGGAAAAUGUGGGAAGGACGACGAUUAAAAAGUCUUGUGUUACAUCUAGAUUCACCGAUAUUGGACCAAGAUACCCGAGAGGUUCAGGUCAGAUUGGUUAUCGAAUAUUUCCGAACCAAUCUCAGAUACCAUAAUACGUACUUUUAUUACUAUGUAUUUUGUGAAUUUUUAAAUUUUGUCAACGUUAUUCUUCAGAUGUAUUUGAUCGAUGCAUUCCUUGGCGGAGCUUUUUCCACUUAUGGUUUUGAUGUUAUUCAAUAUACGGAAAUGGAUCAGGAAAAUCGAGUCGAUCCAAUGAUUGCCAUAUUUCCCCGUAUGACAAAAUGUACAUUCCAUCGAUUUGGUUCAUCUGGUGAUGUUCAACGUCAUGAUGCUCUUUGUAUUCUGCCAUUGAAUAUUGUUAAUGAAAAAAUAUACGUUUUUCUUUGGUUUUGGUUUGUCUUUUUGGCAAUCAUCACUGGAGCAUUACUUGUUUAUCGAUUGUUUGUCAUAUUUUUGGAUCCUGUUCGAAAAACGAUGCUCAAAUCACGGGCUCGACUUUGUGAUCCAUACAAUUUAAAUAUCGUUCUCAGUGUUACGAAAAUUGGCGAUUGGUUUUUACUUUAUCUAUUAUGUAAAAAUAUGGAAGGACAAAACUUUCGUGAAUUUAUUGAAAGAUAUGCUGAAGAAAUUAUGAAAUCUAGUAACGGUAAUGAUAAUGAAAAGGAACCAAUAAUAAAAAAAUCGGGAAAUGAGACACCACCUCAAGAAGGAUAAACAGAUCAUUUAAAUUUAUAUCAUUAAUCAUUAUUAUUGGGACCAAAUGCUCAAAAAAACCAAUAA